UCUCCGGAAGGAGACGUGGCGGCGGUUGGGCCCUGGGCUGCCUGGGCGUUUAAGUAGUCCCGCCGCCUCCUCCUCCUCCUCCCCUCCUCUCCUCUGCGGCAGAGGAGGCUGUGUUGGCGGCUGGAGAAAUCGGCGGCGGAGGAUGGAGGAAGGAGGCGGCGGCGCGCGGAGUCUGGUCCCGGGCGGGCCGGUGCUAUUGGUCCUCUGCGGCCUCCUAGAGGCGUCCGGCGGCGCCCGAGCGCUCCCCCAACUCAGCGAUGACAUCCCUUUCCGAGUCAACUGGCCCGGCACCGAGUUCUCUCUGCCCACAACUGGAGUUUUGUAUAAAGAAGAUAAUUAUGUCAUCAUGACAACUACACAUAAAGAAAAAUAUAAAUGCAUUCUUCCUCUUGUGACAGGUGGGGAUGAGGAAGAAGAAAAGGAUUAUAAAGGUCCUAAUCCAAGAGAGCUACUGGAGCCACUAUUUAAACAAAGCAGUUGUUCCUACAGAAUUGAGUCUUAUUGGACUUAUGAAGUAUGUCAUGGAAAACAUAUUCGGCAGUACCAUGAAGAGAAAGAAAGUGGUCAGAAAGUAAAUAUUCACGAGUACUACCUUGGGAAUAUGUUGGCUAAGACCCUUCUACCUGAAAAAGAACAAGAAACAGAAGAAAAGGAAAAAUCAAGAGAGAUUCCCACUAAAAAUAUCGAAGGUCAGAUGACACCCUACUAUCCUGUGGGAAUGGGAAAUGGUACACCUUGUAGUUUGAAACAGAACCGGCCCAGAUCAAGUACUGUGAUGUACAUAUGUCAUCCUGAAUCUAAGCAUGAAAUUCUUUCAGUAGCCGAAGUUACAACUUGUGAAUAUGAAGUUGUCAUUUUGACACCACUCUUGUGCAAUCAUCCUAAAUAUAGAUUCCGAGCAUCUCCCGUGAAUGACAUAUUUUGCCAAUCACUGCCAGGAUCACCAUUUAAGCCCCUCACCCUGAGACAGUUGGAACAGCAGGAAGAAAUUCUAAGGGUGCCUUUCAGGAGAAAUAAAGAGGAAGAUUUGCAAUCAACUAAAGAAGAGAGAUUUCCAGCAGUCCACAAACCCAUUGCUGUUGGUUCUCAGCCUGUGCUCACUGUUGGAACAACCCACAUAUCCAAAUUGACAGAUGACCAACUUAUAAAAGAGUUCCUUAGUGGUUCUUACUGCUUUCACGGGGGUGUUGGUUGGUGGAAAUAUGAAUUCUGCUAUGGCAAACAUGUCCAUCAAUACCAUGAGGACAAGGAGAGUGGGAAAACUUCUGUGGUUGUCGGGACAUGGAACCAAGAAGAGCAUAUUGAAUGGGCUAAAAAGAACACUGCUAGAGCCUAUCACCUUCUAGACGAUGGUACCCAGACAGUCAGGAUGGUGUCACAUUUUUAUGGGAAUGGAGAUAUUUGUGAUAUUACUGACAAACCAAGACAGGUGACUGUAAAACUAAAGUGUAAAGAAUCAGAUUCUCCUCAUGCUGUUACUGUAUAUAUGCUAGAGCCUCAUUCCUGUCAGUAUAUCCUUGGGGUUGAAUCUCCAGUGAUCUGUAAAAUCUUAGAUACCGCAGAUGAAAAUGGACUUCUUUCUCUCCCCAACUAAAGGGUAAUAAAGUUCAGGGGAAGAAAAGAUCAUUGAAAGUCUUAAUGGUUUCUGACCAUGUGUCUCAUUAUAGAGUUCUCAGCCACUGAACCUCAUCUAAAGGAUCAUAUAAAAGGACUCUCAACCACUUUGUAAAUAUAUGUGUGUUUAUAAGAGGUUAUUGAUAAACUUCUAAGGCAGACA